AUGGAGGUGACAGUUAUCAUCCUACUCAUGGUACACUCGCUGCCCAGUGUUCGGUGUCGUUCGGCAAACGUAAACUCCCCCAACCACCCGCACAGCCGGCAUCAUCGGGCGAACAUUUCCAUCGAAAGCAACUCGAUACAGCGGCUCGAUGCGUCGGGCGGCGGGCGGAUGGCAUCGGCGGGCAAUGGAGGGGCCUCGUCCUCGCAGCCACUGCUGAAGCGAGUGUUUCUGUCCAACCGGACGGUGACCUGCAACGAUGGGUCGCAGGCCGGCUUCUACCUGCGCAAGUCGCCCGGCUCGCGACGGUGGGUCGUGUUUUUCGAGGGUGGCUGGCACUGCUUCGAUCACAAGUCGUGCCGGACGCGCUGGCUCAAGCAGCGCCACCUGAUGACGUCGGUGCAGUGGCCCGAAACGAGAGAUGUUGGCGGACUUCUGUCUCCGAUGCCGUCGGAAAAUCCCUACUGGUACAACGCGAACCACGUGUUCGUGCCGUACUGCAGCAGUGACUCCUGGAGUGGUACCAAGAUCCGGCCCGACACCCGCGACGGUCUGCGCUUCAUGGGCUCGCUGAUUGUGCGCCAGGUCAUGUCCGAUCUGGUGCCGCUCGGGCUGGGCCAUUCCCAGGGGGCGGACCUGCUGAUGGCCGGUUCAUCUGCUGGUGGACUCGGUGUGAUGCUGAAUCUGGACAAAGUGCGCACGUUUCUGCAGAAUGAGCGAGGUUUGAAAGUAAGCGUUCGGGGCGUUAGUGACUCCGGCUGGUUCCUGGAUCGUGAACCGUACACCCCGGGAGCGGUCGCUGCCUCCGAGGCCGUUCGUCAGGGGUGGAAAAUGUGGGACGGUGCGCUGCCGCAAGCCUGCGUGGCCGAACACUCGAAGGAACCGUGGCGUUGCUACUUCGGACAUCGGUUGUACAACACGCUGAAAUCUCCCCUGUUCGUGUUCCAAUGGUUGUUCGAUGAGGCACAGAUGCGGGCGGACAGUGUAGGGGCACCGGUCACCCCGCAGCAGUGGAACUACAUCCACGACAUGGGCGGUGCGCUGCGGGAAUCGCUCAACAACGUGUCGGCGGUGUUCGCACCGUCGUGCAUCGGCCAUUCGGUGCUAACGAAGCGCGACUGGAUGAAGCUGAAAAUCGACGACAUUUCGCUGGCGGACGCACUCCGAUGCUGGGAGCAAUCGAACGCCGACGAGCGGCAGUCGCAGUGGCGUUCGGUCAACCGAAGCCCUCAGAAGCUCCACCGCAAGCACAAUCCGCAGGGUGGCCGCAGAAAGAACAAGCAGCAGCAGCAGCAGCAGCAGCAGCAACAGAGAAAGCAAUUACAAACGACCACCGGAUCCGUGGGCACGGAACAGACCUCGGACCGGCCACCCCGUCCGAAGCUAACCAAAGAAGAACGGGAACGCCGGCGACAGGAGCGACGUAAGCGUCAGAACCUGAAGAAGCCAAACGGUACCGACCCGAGCGGUCCCGCCGAUUCCACCGGUUCAACGAAAGUUCCUAAACUAGAUCGAUCGCCAAAAAAUAGUAGUACCAGCACGCCUAUCCCAGCCAACGGUAACCAACCCGUGGGCCACAACAAUCAACCGAAGCGCCACAACCAGCGUCACCAUCCGGGGCAGACGAAGAAGCAACAGCAACAACCGGACGUCUCUCGCACCCCAGCGACGACGGUUGCGACGAACGAGCAGUCUCCUCCACACAAGCUGCGGAAUCAGAACAAGAAACGCCAGAACGCCCACAGAAAUCGCAACCGGAAGGCACGCGGUGGGAACGGCGGCGGUGGCCGCAACCGGGCGCCCCAGGCACUGAACAUUCCCGAACCAAAGAAGUGCUCGCUGCGGCUGCUGGAGCGGUGCAGUUGGCCGCAGUGCAACCACUCCUGUCCGACGCUCACCAACCCGCUGACGGGCGAAGAGAUGAAGUUCCUCGAGCUGCUCGCCUCGUUCGGGCUCGACAUGGACGCGGUCGCGACGGCCCUCGGCGUCGACAUGCAGACACUGAACAACAUGGACCGCGCCGAGCUGGUCAAUCUGCUCACGCAACAGGUGACGUAG